AUGGUGAUGGUGGUGGUGAUGCCCGUGUCUGUCUGCCUGCCUCUGCUGAACACUAGGCGGUCAGACACGGGGCGGCUGCUACAAGACACAGGACAGCCAGGACAGCAGCGCCACAGCACCAGCACCAGCGGGGGAGACGCGCCGACUGUCAGGCAGCUGGAUUGGACACCACUCACGCAGGAUAGCGACAUCACCAGCCAACAUCAUCCUCCUCCACAAUCCCACUUGGCCAUCGGAUUAACAUCUCCUCCACCACAGACAGCAACGUCAAAACUCACAAAGGACGAGACAUGA